GGGAAUUUUAUGGCGAACUUCAGUCAGUGGCGAACCGUGGAUGAAGAAAUACGAAACAUUCCGCAGUUGCGUUAUAUCUGUUGUCGUCUAAGGUCAUAGAGAGCUAUGACAUUGUUUUAGCUAACGUGAUAUUUGGUUGAAUAUCACUCCCAGUUUCCUCUUAAAAUUUACAAGUGUUAGAAACGUUAAUUGUGAUAUCUAGGAUCUCAUCAGCACGCAGUGUGCUGUCCUAUCUAUUGAAAAGGCUAUUGAAGAAUUAUUCCGAGCAUUUAAAUUUAUUUACUCGCACGAAAGACAAUAAUCACACACGGACAAACCGGACACCGAAAUAUAAAAAAAAAAUGGCCUGGACAAAAUAUCAAACGAUACUGGCGCUUACCCUCGUGAUAACCGGAUCAAUCAACACCCUCAGCACCAAAUGGGCAGAUAACAUCCAAUCGGAGAGUUCCGACGGUCAAGUUCGACCAUUCGAGCAUCCAUUUGUGCAAGCCUGUGCCAUGUUCAUGGGCGAGUUCCUUUGUCUGUUGACGUUCAAGGCUCUUUAUUAUCACUUUCGCAGGAAAAACAAUGGUGCCGAGGAUCGUCACGAUCUUGUGAAAGGCAACCGAGAGUUUAGUCCGUUUAUCUUGUUUGUGCCGGCCAUGUGCGAUAUGAUUGCCACUUCGAUCAUGUAUGUUGGUUUGAAUCUCACGUAUGCUUCCAGUUUUCAAAUGCUGCGCGGCUCUGUAAUCAUUUUCGUUGGAAUUCUAAGCGUCGCCUUUCUGAACCGAAACCUCGUCAGCCGAGAAUGGAUUGGUAUACUGUUCAUAAUAGUGGGACUGGCUGUAGUGGGUUUGUCGGAUUUUAUGUCGAACGGCGGAGAUAACUCUUCCUACAGCAGGAACAAUGUCAUCACCGGGGAUCUACUAAUUAUCCUGGCCCAGAUCAUCACCGCUGUUCAGAUGGUGUACGAAGAACGUUACGUAGCUGGGCUGGAUAUUCCCGCUUUGCAGGCCGUUGGAUGGGAAGGAUUCUUCGGAUUCAGCGUUCUUGGAACCCUCCUGAUUCCCAUGUAUUUCAUCACCGUUGGGCCUCCGUUCAACAAUAAUCCCCGAGGAGUGUUGGAAGACGUCUUUGAUGCUCUGGUGCAAAUGAAGAAUAACUAUCAACUCGUUUUGGCCAUUAUGGGAACUAUUGUGUCGAUUGCCUUUUUCAAUUUUGCUGGCAUAAGCGUAACCAAGGAAAUAUCCGCUACCACACGAAUGGUAUUGGACUCUGUACGCACCUUGGUCAUCUGGAUGGUAUCUCUGAUGCUAUCCUGGCAAAAGUUCCAUUAUUUGCAAAUCUUUGGCUUCGGUGGACUUUUGUUCGGUAUGUGCUUGUACAACAACAUCCUCAUUCUACAAACGUAUGAUCGCAUCCGCAACCUCUACGCGCGACGACGGGAAAAUGACGGCCAAAGCGACCCUAUUGUGAAUAGACGUGCAGAUGAGCCGGAUUGUUAGACUGAACAUAGGUACUAGAGUGCUUGUAGAUACAUGUUUGCAUUGUAGAAAAUAAGAAAAAAAAAUCAGAGAGGAUCAAGUCUUAUUUAGAAUCCAGAAUUUGAAAAGUUGUAUUUGUUAAUAAGUCCGAUAUGCACUUAAUUUGGUAAAUAUUAUGAUCUACAAUAAAUAUUAAAAAUGCGAAACAAUAUUGUGCCCAACAA